AUGGCGACAGAGGCAGAUAUCGGGCCCGAAGGGCUCCAGAUCGCCACCCUCGCGAUUCUGCAGCGUGACGAGCGAGAGCAAAUUCUCUGCCGAUCCCUCACUGCGCGGACCGCUGUUGCUCUGUUCUGGAGCCAGGCGGGGUGUUGGAAGGGGGGUUACACUCAGCGCUCCAGCCAGUCAAAAGCCCAGGUCCUGGCUUUGGGCUUUUUUUUAUCACGGCCGACCAGCGAACUGAGGGGCGAGGAGGGGCUCAGGGAGUGGGAGGUGGACCGACGGGAGAAGAGAAAUAAGUGGGUCGGAAAAAAAAAGACACAAGUAAACAGAGAGCAGCGUGGGAGGAAAAGAGACUGA